UAGAUAUAUUUAAAUUAUCAUACACAUGGUGUGAUCGCAUGGAUAAAAUAUAAACUCUUACAAGGAUUAUCACCUGCUGCUGAUGAGGAAGUACAUUUUCUGCCUUGUAUGAAUUUAGUUUAAAGGUUAAAGAAGCACAAAAUAUAUAUGAAAUAAUUUUUUUUAGUCUUUAACACUUGGAUCCAUAAGCCAUCAUAGAGCACAUUAAUAUGCAUGUCACUUACAUAUGUUUAGCCAUAAACCUUUUUUUUUCUUGCAUAGAGAUGUGUACUUUUACCUAGGGCUUUCAAUCGUCUCCUGUUGAUAUGGGGAAGCCUCAAGAUAUCCAGAUUCCUGCAGCCUUGAGGUAGUAAUGGUUAUGCCCCUGAGAUUUAAUUUCCUGCUUUCAGUUAGUUUAGUGCUCAGAUACCAGUGAUGGAGCAGCAAACCGAAUGUCAAGCAGCUUAUGACAAUUUGAAUGUCUCUCAAACCAAUUACUCCAAUGAAAGUUGCAUCCCAGGCUUGGACAGCUAUGGACAGGAGCCUGGGAUGUCCUUCUGGACGAUCAUUUUAACUAUUAUCUUGGCUCUCAUUACUUUAGCCACUUUGUUGUCGAAUGCAUUUGUAAUUGCUACAGUCUACCAGACCAGAAAAUUACACACACCUGCUAACUAUCUCAUAGCUUCCCUGGCUUUCACAGACCUUUUAGUGUCUAUUCUUGUUUUGCCAAUUAGCACCUUAUAUACUGUGACCGGUAAAUGGACUUUGGGGCUGAUUACAUGUGAUAUGUGGUUAUCAUCGGAUAUCACCUGUUGCACUGCAUCUAUCCUUCAUUUAUGUGUAAUAGCGUUGGACAGAUACUGGGCAAUCACUGACGCGGUUGAAUAUACCAGGAAAAGGACUCCGAAAAGGGCAGUUUUGAUGAUAGCUCUUGUAUGGGUCUUCUCCAUUUCAAUCUCAAUGCCCCCUCUUUUUUGGCGUCAGUCAAAAGCCGAAGAGCUCACUAAGUGUGCAGUGAAUACGGAUCAUGUUUUGUAUACUGUGUAUUCCACCGUUGGGGCAUUUUAUUUACCCACAUUAUUGUUAAUUGCUCUUUAUGGAAGGAUCUAUGUAGAAGCAAGAUCUAGAAUUCUGAAGCAAUCGCCAAAGAGCACAGGAAAAAGAUUGACAAGGGCUCACCUAAUCACGGAUUCCCCUGGAUCUUCAUCUGUGUCCUCCAUAAAUUCAAGGGCUCCAGAUAUGUCAAGUGACACAGGGUCUCCAGUAUAUUUGAACCAGGUCAAGGUAAAAGUAUCAGAUGCACUGCUAGAGAAGAAGAAAAUAAUGGCUGCCCGAGAAAGAAAGGCUACCAAGACCUUGGGAGUUAUCCUUGGAGCCUACAUUGUUUGCUGGUUACCUUUUUUCAUCAUCUCACUGGUCAUGCCUAUUUGCCAAGAUGCUUGUUGGUUCCACCCUGCCAUUUUUGACUUCUUUAAUUGGCUAGGAUACCUCAACUCUUUAAUAAAUCCAAUAAUAUACACUAUGUCAAAUGAGGACUUCAAACAAGCCUUCCAUAAACUGAUACAUCGUUUGACAUGUCCAUCCUGAGUAUAAGUUUCUCGUAUUUCUUCGUGCCACAUGAAUGCACUUGAAUGGGUCUGGUGUCACAGAACCAAGUCGAUAUUGUAAAGAAACACUGCCUGAAUGUGCCCAUCCUGAGUUGUCAGACUCAUUGCGUGCCGCUGAGCAAAACGUCAAUACAUACUGCCACCCUCCUGUCCAGCUCUGCAUUUCACUAUAUUGGCUCUCAAUGAUGCUGCUUAAAUAGUCACUCAUGCGAAAUGCAAAGAGGGCAACUUCAAAUCCAUGCUUACAAUUGACAUUUGGAGUGAAAAACCUUAGACUAUUAUUCCUACUGGUUUUUUUUGUUUCACCUCUUGUCCCAGCUUUGAAUCACAAAUCUUCUUGCAAUUAGUUUUAUGUUUAUUAUUAUUAUUAUUAUUAUUAUUAUUCAUUUGUGGAAAUUCCCUCCUUUCACUCUGUAGGGGUGUGCACAAGAGCACUCUAAAUGUUUUGUCUCAAAUAAGAUUUGAAUCAAUAUUUCUGUAAAUGCUUUUCAUUGAUUUAGAUGUGUGUGUUUAAGGGUGCUGAGAUGAUUUUAAAAAGAGGUCAUGUCUGAAAAAUAACCAUCCAUCUCAACUUUUUGGUAAAGGUGACAAGCGGAGUUAUGAAUCUGCUACAGAUGUAUUUAAUAACUUAACCAAGAGUGCAGAUUGAAUCAUUACAGUUCUUGUACUGAUCUAUCAUCUUUUGGAUGACCUUGUACUUCAUUAGGAUCCAUUAUACAUAAAUA